AUGGAAAUAGAAGAAAUAGUCUCUCAGUCUUGUUACUCAAUGUUAAAAGGCAAGAUCGAUAAUAAAAUACUAAAAGCUUUAAAAACAAUGGGGAUAGAAAAACCAACACGAAUUCAAGCCGAAGCUUUACCUUAUUUGCUUCGUGGCCAAGAUAUCAUUGGUGCAGCCAAAACUGGAAGUGGGAAAACUUUAGCAUUUUUAAUACCAGUUGUGGAGAAGUUAAUCAAACUAAAAAUGUCUAUUAAAGAAGGUACUGGAUGCAUAAUUUUGUCACCUACAAGAGAGUUAGCAUUGCAAACUUUUAAAGUCUUGGAAAAGUUACUGGAUUUCAUUGAUUUGUCAUGUUGUCUUAUUGUUGGGGGAGAAAAGAAAGCCAAAGAUGUCAUAAAAUUGAAGAAAGGUGCAAAUAUUGUAGUGAGUACACCAGGCCGAUUACUAGACCAUCUUCAAAACACUGAAAACUUCAAUUGUAAUAAUUUGAAAAUCCUAGUUCUGGAUGAGGCAGAUAAACUCUUGGAAGCAGGAUUUGAAAGGCAUAUUACUGGUAUUAUUCAACUGUUACCAACUAAAAGACAAACAGCCUUAUUUAGUGCAACUGUAGAUGAAAAUGUUAAGAAUUUAGCAAGAUUAGCAAUGAGAACAGAUCCUAUUUUAAUAUCAGCUACUGAUAAGCAAACAUCGACUGUCUCAGGACUUCAUCAAGGGUACUACAUUUGCCCAGUAGAGGAAAGAAUGUCAUGGUUAUAUAAAAUGCUGAAAAAAAGUCGAAAAUUAAAAGUAAUGGUAUUCUUCUCAUCCUGCAAAUCUGUAGAUUUUCAUUAUGAUUUCUUCAAGGUACAUUGUAAAGCAUCUGUUUUAAGUAUUCAUGGUCGCCAGAGCCAAGCGAGGCGAAAAGAGGCUUAUCAUGAUUUCAUAGAAGCCAAAACUGGAGUAUUAUUUUGCACGGAUGUAGCAGCUAGAGGCCUAGAUAUACCUUGCGUCGAUUGGAUUGUGCAAUAUGAUCCACCAACUGACCCCAAGGAGUACAUCCAUCGAGUUGGUAGAACGGCUCGCGGACUAAACAAUACCGGCAAUGCAGUUAUACUGCUUAGACCUGAAGAAGUAAAGUUUAUAGAUUUUUUGCAAAAAGAAAAGGUGUAUUUGGAUAAGUAUACAUUUAGUAUGCCUCCAGGUGAAGUACAAGAAAUGCUAGAAGACCUUAUAUUAAAUAAUGGUGUCAUGAAAACAUUGGCAAGAAAAGCGUACCUAUCAUUCCUUAGGUGUUAUAAAACACACCCCCUCAAGAAGGUAUUUGAUAUCAAUACCUUGGACCUGAAGUUAGCGGCGAAAGCAUUUGGAUUUCAAGAACAGCCUCAUGUGGAUUUCUUAUCAAAGAAGAAAUAA